UCCCAGGCCAUUCCGUCCACUCGGCUGGGGGUAGGAGCUGGGGCCGGGGGUCCUGGCUGGAAGGCCCAGACAUCAACACCCACUGGAGGCUGACAGAGGGAGCAAAGAAGGGGCAGAAAGGGUGGGAAUGUCAGCAACAGCUGCCGUGUGUCUGGAGGAGUAAAGUGGGGAAAGAGGAAGCAGGAAGUAGGAGAGGGAGAAAAGAUAGGAUGGGACGGAGUUAGGCAGAGAAGGAGGGCUUUUGAUGGCCGCGGCCACGGCCAUGGUCAAAACGAACUGUUCUGGUGCACAUGGCCAAUUCCCGCUGUCGUGGGAGAUUUUCCAAGUGCUCCGGAGCCAGCUCUGGCUGUUCCUGCCCCCGGCGAUCCUGGCCCUGCUGCAGGUGGGGCUCUUCCUGGAAGCUGUCGGCUUCUUCCUUCGCGGGCCCUUCUCCGCCCACCGCACUGGCCUGUGCCUCUGGAUCCUCGGUGUCUACCCGGUGUUUGGGGUGACAGCAGUCGUCGGCAUCUACAUUCCCCGCUCCUCAUUCGUCUGCAACUUUGUGGCCGCUCUCUAUCACUCGAUCACCCUGUGGAAGUUUCUGGAGCUGGUGCGGGAUUUUGCCGGGGGAGAAGCCCAGCUGCUCCGGCAGCUUCACGGCUCCCACGUGGCUCCCAACCCUCCGCCCUGCUGCUGCUGCUGCUGCUGCCCCAACAUCACCAUCACCCGGACCAGCCUGCGCUGGAUGUCAUUGGCCGUGCUGCAGCUGUCCCUGGUCCGCACGGCCCUCUUCCUCAUCUCCCUCGUGCUCUGGACGGACGAGCAAUACGAUUACGGAGAUGUGGGCUCCAGCAACCCCAACUCCUACUUCAACGCCCUGAUCGGCGCCUCCACCUUCCUCUCCUUCUACGGCUACCUGCUCUUCUACACGGCCUCACGCCGUGCCCUGCCCGGCUUCCGCCUCCGUGCCAAGUUCGUCUGCAUCGCCCUGGUGCUCGUGGUGUGUGGCCUCCAGAGCAGCGUGCUGGAGACCAUGGGGGCCUUGGGCGUCAUCCCCUGCAGCCCGCCCUUCUCCGCCCGCACGCGAUCUCAGAUUAUCUACUAUUACUCCCUGACAGUAGAGAUGUUCAGCAUCGGCCUCUUGGCCCGCUCCUGUUUCCGGAGAUUGGAACCGGCCCUCCGAGAGGGCAAGCCGCAGGAAGAGGAGGGUGAGGCCAGGACGGAGGAAGUGGAGAGCGGUUCCCCCUGGCACACCUGGGCCCCCCCAAAGCCGGAGAGCAGGCCCUACCAGGAAAGUAUCAGGGAGGCUGGGGACACUGGGGCCUCGGGAGCCUCCAACCCCACCUUUCAGGUCGGGGAGGAGGGUCUCUGCCACAUCGAGCACACUCCGCUCCAGGGAUUCCCCCCGGAUGGGGCCUGGGGGCCCGGAUCGCCAGCUGGGAGUUUGAAGUUGGGGCCGCUCCCAGCCACCGUCCCGGCUCCCCUACCUCCACCCGCCCCUCCUGCUCUAUCUGCCUCUGCCUCUCCGGGGCCCCUGGAGGCUCAGGCCUAGAUUCCCUCUUGAGGUAACUGUUUGGAAACUGUAGAGGCUGGGGCCCAGCCUUCCCAGUUCACAGGGUGGGCAGUCCUGGGCCUGGGGCAGAGGAUCUCCAACCCCUUGCCCAGUGGACCAGCGCUGGAGGUUGAGGUUCAGCGCUGGGCAGGACCCGGAAAACGGUGGGGGGGGCCGCUCCCAACCUAGAGGGGGCUUCCAGCAACAAGUUUCCCUGGGAGCAAGGGCAGAGGAGUACAGGUUCCAGCAGCAAUAAACCAACUGAGACCUUGGUCUGGGCCUCCCCACGCUGAAAGGGUGGGAAAGGAGGGGGAGAGGCAGUGCAGCAGACAGGAAGGCCCAGAAUGACUUGCCUUAACCCGGGGCCACCCUGCUUGUUCCACAGCCUAGCAGCAAAGUUGACAGGUGCAGCAGAGAAAUCUGCCUUUUCCCUCCUAGCUAUUUAUUAAGCGCUUACAGCAUCCCAAGCAUCAUGCUGAGCCUUGGGCUGAAUAAAAGAUAAAGCAGUUCAAGAUGUGGUCCCUAGCUCGCAUGAAAUCUCAUUCUGUAGAUGUGAGAGGACAAAUAAAUACGAAAAAGUAAGAUGAUAACCGUGGUAUCUGUCAGGCACUUACUCUGAACUAAGCACUGGGGUAGAUAGAAGAUAAUCGGGUCAGACAGUCUCUGUCCUACACGUAGGUCACAGUCUAAGGGAGAGGGAGAACAGAUAUUUAAUCCCCAUUUUCCAGUUGAGGAAACUGAGGCCCAGAGAGCUGAAAUGACUUACCCAGAUACCCAGCAGAACCGUGGUGGGGUCAGGAUUAGAAUCCAGGUCCCGACUCCGAGACUCGUGCUCUCCCCACUAAAUCGUGCUGUUUCCCCGAGCACGGGGACGUUUAGAAAUAAAAGAUAAAGGGCACAAUAUACGAACAGUACUGGAAGGGAGUGGCUUCGACACUCCUUAGUCUUCCAAACUGCUAUAGCGACCCUGUGUUU